AUGUUCACCAGCAAUACCAAGAAACCCCCCCACCACCGCCUCCGCAUCACCGCCGGCCCCCACUACGACCCUCAAACCCACCACCAAGUCACCGUCAACGGCCCCGACCCCCUUCGCAUCGAGAGCUCUCAUCUCACCGCCGACCUCUGGGUGCGCAUCAAGGACUACACCGGCUACCCCGCCUCCUCCCCAGCGACAAACCCUUACUUCACCGCCAAUGACAACAGAUACAGCCUCACCUUCUCCCUCACCUUCACCCACCCGGUGAACGGCAACGACCUCCUCUUCGGCAACGACUUCGACCACCCGAUCCGCGACUACCUGCCCCCGGGCUUCGGGACCGCCUUUCGGAUCGUCCAGACCAUGCUCGACCCCUCGCUCGAGGGCGACGCCCACGCGGAGAAACCCUACCUGUAUAGUCCGGCGCUGGCCUCGUGGAAUCAGUUGCGCGUGGGGGAUACCACCACCCCGCACUCCAGCGAGGCAAGGUCGGAUUUGGUGGUGAUGGAAGGGGCGGAUGGGUCGGGGGAGGAGGUGCGCAGGCGAUACGGGAUGCCGGAGGAUGCGGCGGCCCGGACGAAGUUCUUCCGCGCGGAGGAGAAACGAGCGGAGUUUGAAUUCGAGCCCGGGAGGGUGUAUCAGGCGGAUUUUGGGAAUCCCUACCUGGAUUUUAAUGGGUUCGCGAUUCAUAUUCCCGGCAUUACACUCAACAUUAGUAAGUAUGUGAGUGAGAAGAAUAAUGUGUUACGGUAUGUGUUGAAGAAUAGGACCACCGGGGAGGAGUAUUUGGUGGUGAACUUCACGGUCGUGUUAGAGGAGGCGCAGGCUGAAGCCGGGGAUGGGAAUGAAGGAGUGGAUGAGGUGGAUUAGUUGGAGGUUGCGCGCUUGACUACUUAUCUACAAGAGGAG